AAGCGAAAAGACCAAGAUGGCGGACUGAGUGCCUGUUCACAAUCUUAAAGCCAUGUAGAUUUAGAUAUAGCAUCAAAUACCUCAAGAUUCUUUUUUUUAUAAAACCUGCGAAACGGAAGUUAGGUUUGGAGCGAUGGAGUGUUAUCUGAAGUGAAGAUUAAAGACGUGAUAGAAGAUGGACGACUACUGCUAUGCUAAGAUGGCGACGUCCGCUAAAAGAGAACAUGAAAGAGAAUCAACUUCCAGCAAAUCACCAACGGAGGAAAUGAUAAAAACUGAAGAUGAAGACAUCCAGAAACUGAUUAGUCAUCCAGAAGAACUUCUCCCUACAUCAGGAUGGAGCUCCACCUUGAAGCAGGAGACUCCACAACCACCCCACAUUAAAAAGGAAGAGGAGGAACUCUGGAUCACUCAGGAGAGAGAGUGUCUUCUAGGACCGCAGGAAGCUGAUUACACCAAGUUUCCACUGACUGUUGUCUCUGUGAAGAUUGAAGAUGAUGAAGAGAAACCACAAGUAGACAACCUCUUAGCUCCACUAUCAGAUAGUGAGGCUGAAGACGAGUUUGAAGUAACUUUGAGCAGCGAUAAAGAUUGUGAAGAUGAUAUGAGGACUCACAACAAACACUCCGAAUGCUCUAAAAAUGGCAGAAGCAAAAAUAGUUUGAGCUGCUCAGUUUGUGCUAAAAGUUUUACUAAAAAAAGCCUUUUGACUCAACACAUGAGAACACACACUGGAGAAAAACCAUUUAAUUGUUCAGUUUGCGGUAAAAGCUUUACGAAAAAGAGCAGUUUGACCGAACACAUGAGAAGACACACAGGAGAAAAAACAUGUUGUUGUUCAGUUUGUUGUAAAAGCUUUUUUAAAAAAAGCAGUUUGAAUGAACACAUGAGAACACACACAGGAGAAAAACUAUUUUGUUGUUCCGUUUGUAGUAGAAGAUUUAACAAAAAGAGCAGUUUGACUCAACACAUAUUGACACACACCGGACAGAAAACGUUUAUUUGUUUAGUCUGUGGUAAAAGCUUUUCUCAAAAAAGCAAUUUGACUCAGCACAUGAGAACACACACAGGAGAAAAAACAUUUAAUUGUUCAGUUUGUGGCAAAAACUUUUCUCAAAAGAGCACUUUAACGCACCACAUGAGGACGCACACAGGCGAAAAAACAUUUUUUUGUUCAUUUUGUGGUAAAAGCUUUUUUUCCAGAUCAGGUUUGACUCAACACAUGAGAACACACACUGGACAAAAGCCAUUUAUUUGCUCCGUUUGCGGUAAGAGCUUUUCUCAAAAGAUCAGACUGACUCAACACUCGAGAACACACACAGGGGAAAAACCAUUUAACUGUUCAAUUUGCGGUACACGUUUUUCUCAAAAGAGCAGUUUGAUUCGUCACAUGAUAACGCACACGGGAGAAAAAACAUUUAAUUGCUCAAUAUGCGGUAAAAGCUUUUCUCAAAGGAUCAGAUUUGCUCAACACAUGCGAACACACACAGGAGAAAAACAAUUUCAUUGUUCAGUUUGUGACAAAAGUUUUUUUUCCAGACAAGGUUUGACCAAACAUAGAAUGAAACAUACUGGAGAAAAACCCUUUAGUUGUUCAGUCUGCGGCAUAAGAUUCCAUCGUAAUACAGAUGCAGUAGAACACACAACAACACACACACGGGAGAAUAACCAAGCAGGUGUUUAGUUUGUGGUAUACAUUAUAUUAUGCUCAUAUCUGGUGACAUCAACCCAAACUCAGAACCUCCUUAAAAUAAGUUGAUGGAUCCUUUCACAAAUGUCCAAUGUCGUCAUUGAAAUUGGGAUCAUUUGGAGCAGCCCGGUGGGUUCUCUCCAGGUACCCAGGCUUCCCCCCACCUCCAAAGACAUGCGCCUGGGGAUAGGCUGAUUGGCAACACUAAAUUGUACUUAGUGUGUGAAUGCUUGUUUUUUUUUUGUCCCUGCGAUGACCUGGCUUUCCUCGUCCAGGGUGUACCCUGCCUUCCGCCCAAGUGCAGCUCAGCGAGGCCCGCAUUUUAGCUGCUUGAUACUUAUGACUGAUUACAAAACUUACAGGAGAUCGUCAGGAAAGAAAACAAGAUAGGAGUCGAAUUGUCACAUGCUCUUAAUUAGGGAUGUCCCGAUCCGAUAUUUGGAUCGGAUCGGCUGCCGAUAUUUGCCAAAAAUUGCGUAUCGGCAAGGCAUGGGAAAAUGCCGAUCCAGAUUCAGUUUAAAAAAAAACUCAGAUCCGUGUUUUCCAACGCACCUAUUUAAAUAAUACAUUCCACUUUUCUGCUGCUCCGUAAUUUCCGUUCCGCAUUUUCCAGCACACCUUCAACACAUCCACACGUCUGUGAAUUCUCACGCAGUUGCUUUUAGCUGCUGGCAUUACACGACAGGCUCUUCUCACUCUUUCCUGUGUCUCCCUCUCAC